AUGAAGGAUAUAAAUGAAAAUAUCCUUAACUUCGUUUCAGACAUUAGAAAAAUUGAAAUAUGGAAAUACAUUUAUGAAGAAAAACUAAAACUUUUUUAUUUAAAGAAAUUAAUUCAGAAUGAAAUGAUAAUAACAGAAACUUCUAAAAUGCAAAAAGGAGAAUGUACAAAGAGAAAAAUAGAUGAAAAAAAAAAAUAUAUAAAAAAAAAAAAUGAUGAUAAAGAUUUAGUUAUAAACAUAACUAACGUAAAUAAAAACAAAUUAUCUCCUUUUUUAAAUUCCUUUUUGUAUUAUGAUAGUGAUGUUAACUUGAGAAAUGAUGGGAUUUAUAGUACAAUAGAAGGUAAUCUAAAUAAGGUCAUAAAUGUAAAUAAAUAUUCUUUAGUUAAAAGCAGUUCAAAUGCAUAUAUAUCUAAUAACAGUAAAAACUUUUCAGAGAAUAUAAGAGAACCCAAUGAUUACAAAAUAGUUAUUGAUAAUAAUUCAAUAAAUAUUUCAAAAAAAAAUCAUAGAAAUGAUUCUAUUAGUGAAAAUAAAAAUACAUGUUUAAUUGGAGACUCUAAUAAUUUCCAUAUCUUUAACAAAAAUAUUAAAAACAUUUAUAAUGAGAGUGAUGAUAAUAUUCAUGACAAAAUGGAUAUUCAAAAUAAUAUUGAUAAAAUAAACAUUUAUAACGAUAAUAACAUAGAUAGUAAUAACAAUAAAGCAAAUAAUGAUAAUUAUAAAAUAAACACACAUAGCAAUAAAAAUGAUAAUUCUAUUACAAUUGAAGAUUAUAAUGAUGAAAAAUGUGAAUUUUAUAAUAAUGUAAAUUAUGAAAAUAAAAAAUGUAAUAAAAAAGAAAAUUUUCUUCUCUUUAAAAACAUUUACAACGAUAAUAAAAAGGAUAUUAAAGUAAAUGAAGAUAAUCUAAAAAAAAAAUCAAAAUAUUGGAAAAAUUUAAAUCAAACCAAUUUUAAUUUUAAUAAUUUUUAUGAGUAUUACUACGAUGAUAAAAAUGACAAAAAUAAAAAGACAAAUGAUUUAGGUUUCUCUAAUAAGAAUUCAAACGACAGAAGAACAAGAAAGUAUUUAAUCAAAAAUGAUAAAGGCAAUGAUGAUUACAAAAACUGUAAUAGUGAUAAAGUAAAAAUAGAAAAAGAGCCUUAUAAAAAUGUAAAGUGUGUAUAUAGCAUAAAGAAAGAAAAAAUAGAAACUAAAAAUCCAAAUGAUAAAACACAAACAAAAAUGAAUAACAAAAUACAUCUAAAUACUUCCUAUGAUAAUUAUUAUGUUAAUUCACAUAUCACCAAUUUAAAAAAGGAAGACUUUAAAAAUAUUAAAAUGGAUAAAAAUUUUACCAACUUUUACAAUUUAUCAAGUAAUAAUUACAUUGAUGAACUACUUACAAAUAGUUCUAAUUAUAUAAAAAAUAUGUUUAUUAUGAUGCCUUUGGAAAAAAAAAAAAAAUAUUAUGUUGAAUAUAAUAGGAAAAUAAACAGUAUUAUAAAAGAUGAAGUAAUUAAGGGGAUUCCUGAUCAUAUAAGAGGAUUUGCAUGGCAAAUAUUAGUGCAGUCAUAUAUGUAUAAAGAAAAUAAUGAAAUAAAGAGAUAUGAACACUACUUAAGUAUAAAUAAUAAAUAUGAAAAUACAAUUAAAAAAGAUAUUAACAGGACCUAUCCGAAACAUAUUUUAUUUAAAAAUAAUUAUGAAAAAGGACAAAAAAUAUUAUUUAAUGUUUUAAAAGCAUAUAGCAAUUAUAAUAGUGAUUUAGGUUACUGUCAAGGAAUGGCCUUUAUUGUUGCCACAUUUAUUUUAUACAUGAAUGAGGAAGAUGCUUUUUUUAUGUUGAUAAGUUUAUUAGACAAAUAUAAAUUAAAUGGUUUAUUUUCAUCUAAUAUGCCUUUAUUAAAUGAAUAUCUAUAUAUAUUAGAUCAAUUAUUAUUAUUCUAUUUUCCAAAGAUACAUAAUCAUUUACAAAAAGAAAAUAUUCAUUCAAGUAUGUAUGCAUCUCAAUGGUUUAUAACUCUUUUUUCAUAUAAUAUUAACAUUUUAUAUGCUAUUAGAAUAUGGGAUUUUUUUUUUAUACAUAAUUAUAUCUUUCUUUUUAAAGUUGCUCUUGCAUUUUUUAAAUUACAAGAAGAUAUAAUUUUAACUGAAUCUUUUGAAGAUAUCCUAAACAGAUUAAAAAUAUUAUCAAAACAUGUAGAAUUAGAUUUAUUAAUUAAAACAGCUUUAGAUAUAAAUAUAAGCAAUGAUUUAAUUAACAAAAUAUCAUCAAAUUAUAAAUUACAAAAAUAA